AGAAAGUGAAGGUUGUCAAGCGCAGAAAGCCGGAAGUAACAUUGGUUGCAGUGAGAGGAAGAACAAGUCAAGUUAGUGCUGUCAUCAAAAGCAGACUUAAUCACGGGAAGUGUUGGAAAUACAUCAGCAGCUGAACAUCACAGACGACAUUAAACUUAAAUGUAAUCACGCGAAGUGUUGGAUAAAUACAUCAGCAGCUGAACAUCACAGACGACAUCAAAAGUCUUACAAGCAUCAAAACAACGUCGAGGGAGUUCGCAGCAGUUGCAGCUCGUAUAACGGAUCUCUCCUCAGGCUCUUAUCAUGGAACAUGGCACACUGGAGGAACCAGUCUACCCCAAAUUCCUUGGUAAGGCUGGUUGGGUUAAAAAGGCCCCUUGCAGACUGCUAGCCAAGUAUAAAGAGCGCUACAUCGAAGUAGAGAGGACCGAUGUUGCAAUAUAUGAAAAUGAGGACCUCAAGAGCUGCAUUGAAAGGCUGGACCUCGAUAACUAUGAUAAAUGUCAUGAAUUAAAGAGUCCAUUUAGGAGGAAACAAAGACUCAUUCUUAUCCGAUCGCCCAAGUCUGGAAAUAAGGUUCCUGACAUGAUAUUCCAAGCACAGACCGCAGUGGAGAAGGAAGCUUGGAUUAAAGCCCUAAGUGAGGGAAUCAGUCGGGCAAAGAACAAAGUUUUGGAUGAGGUUAAGUUGAAUGAAAGCAGUAAUUUACAGCAUUUUACUCGAGCAAGACCCCAAGGAAUCCGUAACCGCCGCCCACCAACCAGGAUCCACAUGAAAGAGCUUGCGGAGUUGUCAUCCGAAGGAAUGCUGCGCUUGGGUCUUGCCACCAUGCCGAAUAGCACAUAUGAUGAUGUCGACACCCUUGUAGAAUGCCACAAAUCCCUUGGGAAACCAAAAGAACCAGAAGUUGAGGAGAGCCGGACUCAGGUAAAGGCCCUGAUGUUGCCCAUGGUCCUGCCUGAAGACAGUGAUGUACCUGCUGAAGAAGCCACAGAGGGUUCAUACCCUGUAAGUACGUGUAAGAAAGGUCCACCCCCAACAACUCCAAAUCUCGCAAGCAACUACUCAAGUGAGCUUCCUGGAGAUUCCCAAUUUAGGCGGCAAAUCCAACCUCCAACCCCACCAACCAAAGACAAGAAGCCAUUGCAAACUUCAGAACUAAACCAAGAGGCUGCAGACAGACCAGAGGUUACGGGAAGAAUUACAGAGAACGUCUGCAAUGAUGAAGGGGUUGUUUUAGACGAAGAAACCAACUUAAUCAUAGAUGACAACACAACUCCAGAGGGCGAUGAGCCUUCGUUGUGUCUUGAAAAAGGAUCGGUUCUUUGUUUGCAUGCAGAAGAGAUCCCGUGUAAUGACUUGCUGAAAGAUGAUGACGGUCCAAUUCUUGCUCAAAUAUCACAAGUUAAAGCAAAUGCAGCAGAGGAAUGUGUUUUAAAUGUCAAGUGUGAAGCUUCUAGCACCACCUUGAGAGGGGGAAAUAUCGGCUUAGGUGUGUUUGACAGCCGUGUAAGGGUUACACCUGAUGCCAGAUCAGAGGUCUCAACACUGUUCCAAGCAGCCUCCUUUGGAGAUCUGCUGUCUGACUCAUCUGUCGGUAUUCAUGGGAGAAGUGUGGUCCUUCCCAAGCAAACUUUCAGCAAUCAUUUGGCCAAAGUUGAAAAUGAGCUGAUGCUGGAAGUGGAAAAUACAAAGAGGUUCAUGAGCAGAGUGGUCGGGGAUGAUGAUGAUGAUGGUUCCACGCCGGAGGAGCUGCUGAGUAAGGCUAUGGAGAAGUUAAAGAAGGCUGAUCAAGUCCUCACAGAGGUCAAGAAACUGCAAUUUACAAAGACUUUGAACAAAAGAAAUAGCUGGUGAAUGAAAAAAACAACACGUUUUUUUGGCUGGACACAAAAUGCAUGUUUUCAAGAAAUGACAUUCAAAAGCAGCAUCUUCUUCCGUUGGAAUAUGAAAAAAUAAUAUCUUCAAUAUGAUUUUAAACAUUUUUGAUUGACUGGUUGAUGCAGGAUUCACGUAAACGCGAUUGCAACAACUCCGCAUUUCCUUUGUGUUCAGACUUCAGGGAUACCCUGAAGACUGGGAUCCCCAAAAAAAUUUCCGAAGAAAAAAUUAUAUCACGGACAAAAAAAGUUGUUUUGCUCUACUAAAGCUGUCUAUAUAGUCUUUGAGCAUGAAUAGAGGAGUCCUGCUUGAAAGAGAAUGUCUUCUAACACAACCUGAACAGUCCAGCUGCCAUUGAUUUAAUGCCCUGAUAAUAUUAGUAUAAAUAUUUUUAAAUUUUUUCUUGUCAUUUGGCUCUUUUUCUUUCUGUUCGGACACUCCUUUUCUAAAAUGACCCCUAAAGUCUAAAAUGUGGCUUCCUCCCACCUCCAAAAGACAUGCACCUGGGGAUAGGUUGAUUGGCAACACUACAUUGGCCCUAGUGUGUGAAUGUGAGUGUAAAUGUUGUCUGUGUUGGUCCUGCGAUGAGGUGGUGACUUGUCCAGGGUGUACCGCGCCUUCUGCCCGAGUGCAGCUGGGAUAGGCUCCAAGCACCCCCUGCGACCCCGAGAGAGACAAGCGGUAGAAAAAGGAUGGAUGGCUUAUUGCUGACAAGGCAAAGUAUUAUUAGUGUCAUUAGUAUCAACAUUUCUGCUCUUCUUUUUUUUCUUGUUUAAUUGUAAUUUCAGAAUGUGCCACGGACCAAUAAACCGCACUUUAGCCAGGCAUCCUGCUGUAGACAUAAACACAAACAUAAAGUUAAUGAAAGUCAUUAUAUCACUAAAGAACUGCCUAACAUGCAUAUUUUUGGACAGUGGAAGUGGGAAAUUAAUAUUUGAAGCCAGAAACUUAUUAACACAUGACCGCUGUGUUGCCUGAUACUCAAAUCUGUUUUUUCAUUGCUCACAAUUGAAUCAUUUUCACAAAAUACUCUUUCAUGCUCGUGCUUGAUUUUAUUUGUCUUUUUUGUUCAUCAUAAUAAAUUAUA